AUGUUUCGUUCAAUGUUUCUUGGAUUAUUUAUUAUUUUAUCACUAACGAAAGAAGUUUCCAGUAUUAUAUGUCCUAGUGGAACUUUUACUAGUUAUUAUUGCUCUCCCGGUCAAUCAUGUGGUUCAUAUUACGGAGAUUGUCGUGGUUUACCAACUUAUUUAAUCUUCACUAUUGUUUCACUCAGUCUGGUUUUAUGUUCGAUAUGUAUUCGAUGCUGUGUCUAUAUAAAUUCGAAUAAUUCAAAAACAACAACACAAAGAGUGCUAGUACCACAAGGUCCAGUUCAUUCAUUUCGAAAUAAUUUAGCUACACAACCACCAAUUUCUGUUCCAGUACAUAGUUUCAGAGAAGAAGCUCCUCCAUCAUAUGGAGCAGUUGUAGCUGCAGGUGCACAACCAAUAAAAUAUUAA